UUCAUUUGGACCGUUUGCUCACCGUACCACAACAAACAUGGCGUCGUCCUCUGACGUCCACGUCCGAAUAUGUGGGCAAGAGAUUAUCAAAUAUGAUUUGGAAAUUAAAGCUCUGAUCCAGGACAUAAGGGAAUGUUCUGGGCCCCAGACUGUGCUGGUGGAGCUGAACGCUGCAGUGAAGGAGAAGUUCAGUCGGUUAAGGCAGAGAAUUCAGGAUAUGGAGCAAAUGGCUAAAGAACAAGACAGAGAGUCUGAUAAAAAUGACAUUCUAACUGAAACAGAGGCCCAUCGCAAACAGAUGUUGAGUAACCAGACAGCAUGGAGGAAAGCCAACUUGGCCUGUAAGCUGACCAUUGAUAACAGGGAAAAAGAUGAACUUCUCUAUGGUGGUGACUCAUCAGUAAGGCAAAGGAAAGCCACCAAGGAGAACCUCGUACAGACAUCCAGUGAAAUCACAGAGAGUUUGAUGAGCAUAAGCCGCAUGAUGGCCCAACAGGUAAAGCAGAGUGAGGAGACCAUUGGCACUCUGGCUACCUCAUCAAGGACAGUACUGGAAACAAAUGAAGAGUUUAAGGCAAUGACGUCAACUAUCCACUUGGGGAGAAAACUCAUCUUGAAAUACAACCGUCGUGAACUGACAGACAAACUGCUGAUCUUCCUAGCGCUCGCUCUGUUUUUUGCCACAGUCCUCUACAUCCUGAAAAAGAGGCUUUUUCCUUUCAUUUAGAGGAAAAUGGAGCUAUUUCCUGCCACAUUCAAUUUCUUCCUAAAUUGGCUGUAUAGCUUUGCAGACAGAGUUGGCAUGGACUUUCACAUGACCUGGGAUUUUAUUUUUCCACUCAAACUGAAUCCAGAACCAGGGAGGAUGGAGUAUUGGUAUGUAUCUGGGACAUGUGCUAGUGACACUGUUAGUAUGGGCUUUCAGAUAACUGCAGAAGCAGCCAAAAGCAGUGUGAGGUCGACCUCAUGCUUGACAUCUUAAGCAUUUCCUGUGCUGCAUUGAUGGUGCCAGCUGUAAGUUGUGCUGUCAUUUGUAUUUAAUAGGCAAUAUGACACUCGUGAGUUAUAUUUAGUACUUCUGUUGGAUGGUGUCAUGAGUUUUUGAUUAUAAAUAGAAAUAUUAUAAAUAACAUUAGACAUUAACAGUAGUAAAUGUUUAACGUUAUUAUAAAUACGAACAUUUAUGAGUAUGGCGUAAGGCCGCACAAUAUGGUGACCAAAUGGAAAUACUGGAGUGCAACAUAAUGCAACUGAACAUAUAAACACAUUUGUGAAUCAAUAGUUUUACAUAGAUAAAGAUUUUCCUGCAUAUUUCCAUUAGAAUAUUUAACUUUUGUUGGAUUACAUGACUAUCUUGAUUGAUCACCUACAGAAACACUCACAAGUGUGAUUGAUCAAGAUACUCGUAGCGCGUAGCGCACAGUCUGAUUUGUAUAUAUUGCAGCCUUUCACAUUUGCAUACUGCACCCUGCACAAGGUCUAUAUUUGCAUAAAGAUUCACAAAUGAUCAUAGUAUUGUGCAGCCCUAGUAUAAGUUGUAGCCUAUUUAGAAGGUUUAAUACAUAUUAGGGCAUUAUUGAAGCAUUGACAAUUUACUGUGUAACCCAGUACGACCUGUUUUUUUCACUUCUGUGACCAUGAUUGGUACCUCAGAAGAACAGUAGUGAGUGUACAUGUCCCAGGAUAGCCAUAUGUGGUUUAAUGUGAAGUUACCUCUAGAUCAGGGUGUCUAUCUUGGUUUAUUUGUAGUCACAGCUCUGUAGACUUUAGUGGUCCUCAUUAAACAGACUUAAUUAGCAAGGCCUUCAUGAGUUCAACGUCUGAAGAGAAAAUGCUGAGCUCUACAGAACUGUGGCUAGGAAGGAACCUAGUCUGAACCCCCUGCUCUGGGUACAUCUCUUAAAGCCCAAAGCUUCUUGUUUGUGUGCCUUUGAACUCCAGUACUUAAGUGCGCUCUCUUGCACCACACAAGCAACUCUGUGUGAACUGUGUAUGUUUGUCUCCUCUUCCAAACAGAAGACAACAUCUUAGGGCCUUGUGAAACCAAGGUACAAGAGUUUGCUUGAAAUUUACUUGACACAUCAGUUGUUGACCUUCAGACUGUUUACAGUGCUCAUUUUGUUCAUUGAGGAAUGAACUUUGAAAUGGAAUAGGUUGCUCUAUACUCGUGAAUAUGGGCUCCAGUGCCAUUGUUAGCUGUGCUGCUAGCAUUUCUAUGUUCUACAGGGUGAUACCACUGGGUGGUGCAGUAGCACUUCUUUUCCAAUUAACCCUUGUAUUUCUUUGACCCAGCAGACAGCAUCUUAAUACAACUGGUCAGCAAAGGCCACAUUUGCUCAGGACAUUACUGCCUGCUCAAGAUGUGAUUGUGACUGUUUUAAGUUCAGAACCUUUGCAAACAGUGUUAACACUUUGAAUAUAUCUAUUAGCAUGUUUUAGCAUGUUUUAAGGGAAAGACUGUUUGUUUUCUUGUGGUUGGUUAUAGUGUUUAUAGGCUUCACUGUGAUAAAGAGCUCUGCAAUGCGCUCGUGUUGGCCUAGUGCUGGCUAACAGUAGGGAUGUUAGCCAGUACACUCCUUUUGAACUGCCUUAUUUUACAUUGUGUUGUAAUUUUGAAUUCCUAGACUGAGUAUCAAAUAAACAAAGAGCUUUUAUAAACAGA